AUGGAACGUUCUGCUUCUGACUCAUCUAAUGAAAGACAUGUUCCACGUGGUUAUGAAGAUACAUUAACCCCAAUACCACCAUGGGAACGGAGGAAUAUGGCGAGGGUACCGUACAUGAGUGCCAACUCUCAGCCACUCAAUCCUACAGAACGCCAGGCCUUGCAAUCUCUAUGGGCGACAAAUGAAGAAAGGCAUUCAAAUCCGACAAGACCUGGACUUGGACCUUAUGGCCACAGAUCCUUUGACCAGGGCUAUCCUCUAUCACAUCAAGACCGACACGUUUAUCAAGACAGAGAAGCAGAAUCAAGAGCGCAGACUCCCCAAACGGCACCUCUCUUCACUUGUCCGCGAGAUCCACCAUCCAUCCCAGGGAGAGGAGGAGGGGCAAGAUCCCAUCGAUCACAUACCGUCCCUCCACCCGCCCGAAAUCCCCCACCAUUCACCACAAUGCCGCCAACUCCCCCACCGGAGAAAACCUCCAAUAACAAUCUCUCCCGCUCAUCCACGAAAUCUUCUUCUUCUACGAGGACAAGCACCACCAGGUCCAUCUCCAUCUCUUCUUCUGCUUCUCCAGGCCCUUCCCCCCGAAUACGACAAUCCAUGAUUCCUUCUUUACCGGGGACGAUGUCUGCUAGGGAGAGCAUUGCUGUUGUUCCUGCAAUCAAAGUAGAGAAAUGGAAGCAGCGAGAGGAACGAGAGGGAACUGAGGAAUGGCCGAAGAAGAACAAAGUCAUCGAAACAAGACCUCCUCCUCCUCUGGGAAAAAGAUUCAAAUCCGCCUUCAAGGAUCUCUUCAAAAGGGAACCGGUUGAUGAGAGUUUAUAUGAGAGGAUUGAUGUUGAUCGGCAUUGGACGGAUGAAUGA